AAGUGCACAAAGAAAUAAAAAAAAACUAUUGUAUUGAAGAUUUAGAGAGAGAGAAAUAGUGCAUGCGAUUGAGUGAAGAAAUUGAGCAAGAUUGAAUUUUUCGGAAUGGGUUUUGUGUUUUAAUUCGAAGGGUCAAUUUUGUUUCUUAUGAGAUUAUUUUGAUUUUAAGAAAAAGAAUAGAAUUGUUCAGAAGUUGAAAGGCAUUGACUUUCUGAUUACCUUGGUGUGUCAAUAUCCCAGAGAGACAGUGAGAAGGAUCUGAAAAUUGUUUUUUACUAAAAAAAAAACAACUUUCUUGGUACUGUCAAGUAAAAGCUUAGGAAAAUGGAAGGACAUGGUGAAAUGGGACUUAUUGGAGAAAAUUUUGAUUCUGGUUUGUUAGGGAGAAUGAGGGAAGAUGAAUAUGAAAGCAGGUCAGGAAGUGAAAAUUUUGAUGGUGCUUCUGGUGAUGAUUUAGAUGCUGGUGAUGAUCAACCACAGAAUAAGAAGAAGAAAUAUCAUAGACACACUCCUCAACAAAUUCAAGAGCUCGAAUCAUUCUUCAAGGAGUGUCCUCAUCCUGAUGAGAAGCAAAGAUCAGAUCUUAGCAAGAGGCUUGGCUUGGAGAACAAGCAAGUCAAGUUCUGGUUUCAGAAUCGUCGAACUCAAAUGAAGACGCAACUCGAACGCCAUGAGAACAUGAUUCUUAGGCAGGAAAAUGAGAAGCUCCGAGCUGAGAACAGUGUGAUGAAGGAAGCUAUGGCGAAUCCAAUAUGCAGCAACUGUGGCGGCCCAGCAAUUCCCGGUCAGAUUUCAAUGGAGGAACACCAGAUUAGAAUUGAAAAUGCCCGAUUGAAGGAGGAAUUGACCCGUGUGUGUACCUUGGCCAACAAGUUUCUAGGCCGACCACUCUCAGCUCUGGCCAACAUGGCUCUGCCAUCUCCAAAUUCCAGUCUUGAACUCGGUAUUGGAAGGAAUGGUAUCGUCUCAGGUUCAAGCAACUUCGGCAUGUCCAUGCCAAUGGGAUUUAAUAUGGGAGAUGGUGUUAUGGGAACUCCGCCGACACAUUCUGGAAUGACACAUUCUGGAAUGAGAUCACCUAUGGGAAUGAUGGGAAAUGAUGCCCAGCAAGAGCGAACUAUGCUUAUCGAUCUUGCAAUAGCUGCUAUGGAUGAACUUAUCAAGAUGUCUCAACCAGAUUGUCCUCUCUGGAUGAAGAGUUCAGAAGGUGGGAAGGAAGUGCUGAAUCAUGAAGAGUAUGCAAGGUCUGGUUCGCCUUUCACCAAUCCGAAACCGAAUGGUUAUGUGACCGAAGCUACUAAAGAAACUGGGCUGUUAAUCAUCAACAGUGUGGCCCUGGUGGAAACAUUGUUGGAUGCGGAUCGGUGGACAGAGAUGUUUCCAUGUAUGAUUGCUCGAGCGGUAACCUUGGAUGUAAUAUCUAGCGGCAUGGGUGGAAGCAGAAAUGGAGCUCUGCAAGUGAUGCAUUCUGAGAUUCAAUUGCCUUCUCCAUUAGUCCCGGUUCGACAAUAUAGUGUUCUUAGGUUUUGCAAGCAGCAUGCAGAAGGUGUGUGGGUUGUGGUUGAUGUUUCGAUCGAUAUCGGUCGUAAUACUGCUAAUGGAAACCCUUAUAUGAGCUGUAGGAGACUUCCUUCUGGCUGUGUUUUGCAGGAUAUGCCGAAUGGUUUAUGCAAGAUUACUUGGGUUGAUCAUUCUCAAUAUGAUGAAAGUGCUGUACACCAAAUCUAUCGGCCGUUGGUCAAUUCUGGCCUCGCAUUUGGCGCUCAUAGAUGGGUUGCAACUCUCCAAAGGCAGUGUGAGUGCCUUGCAAUCCUCAUGUCUACCAUGCCAUCUGAGGACCCCACAGCCAUAAAUCAAGCUGGUAGGAGAAGCAUGUUAAAGCUCGCACAGCGAAUGACCGAUUACUUUUGGUCAGGAGUUUGUCCUUCGACCGCGUGCAAGUGGGAUAUCCUUCACAUUAGUAACAUGGGUAACAGCGACAUGAAAAUCAUGUCCCGUAAACAUCAGGAUAACUCUGGCGAAUCUACCAGCAUUGUGCUAAGUGCUGCAACUUCUGUUUGGUUGCCAGUGUCGCGCCAAAGGGUGUUUGAUUUCUUGCGCGAGGCUCGGUUGAGAGGUGAGUGGGAUGUUUUGACCGGUGGUGGACCAAUGCAGGAGAUGGUCCACAUUCCUAAAGGACAAUCACUUGGAAAUUCUGUUUGUAUCCUCCGCGGCAAUAAUGCUUCUAAUGGAAAUGAGGGCAACGUGCUAUAUCUCCAAGAUUCAUGGACCGAUAGCUCUGGCUCGAUGAUCGUGUACUCUCCAAUCAACAUGCAAUCCUUGAACAUGGUGAUGAACGGCGGUGAUUCCUCAUUCAUCUCUCUUUUGCCAUCCGGUUUUUCAAUUCUUCCAGACGGCCAUUCCAACAACAAUUGCGUCGGAACUUCAAAUGACGGAAGUGGCAACGGCGGCAGCGACAACAAUGACAGUGGAGGAUGCUUGCUAACAGCCGGAAUACAAAUGUUGCUCAACAAUCUUCAAACAAGUAAGCUCACAAUGGAGUCAGUUGAUGCUGUUAAUGCACUCAUCACAUGUACCAUUCAAAAGGUCAAAGAUGCACUUGGAGUUGCAUGAAGAAAAUUGAGAAUAAAUAAAACUUUUUUUUUAUUUUAUUCAUGAUAACAAAUUUGGUUUUUUUUUUUUUUUUUUU